AUGUUGAAUCCCCUCACUCCUCUCUUAUUCUUCUUCUUCUUCUUCUCCCUCCUCCCCUUUGUGGCCGCCAACGUCGAAAAAACCAUCUUCCUCGCCCCGCACCCAUCUCCCCUCCCCUCCACCGAUCCCACCCUCGACGACCUCGGCCUCAACCGCCUCUCCCCCUCCGCCCCAUCCCUAAGAACGCACCUAAACGCCUCCUUCCCGACCCCAGAAACCCCCGGCACGGACUCCUGGUUCUUCCUCGAGAACCUGACCCCGGGCCAACGCUACGAGGUCCGCGUCUGCUAUCUCGCAACGCAACCCACAAUCUUCACCCUCGACACUUACACCCUCGCCAACGCACUCGAUGACCCCACCCUCCUCGCAUCCGUGAGCCGCUACUCCGCCGCGCGGCUGGAGGCUUCGCUCCUGCCCGUCCGCCAGGCCAGUAACCCCAACUCCGAUGGAGCACGGGGGUCCGCUGGUGCGGGCGCGGGCGCGGACUCGGUGCUCUUCCUGCGCGUGCGCGCCGCGGCGGAGUACUUCUCGCCCGAUGAGGGGUUGAUGGAGCGGGUGCCGCCCGUGCUGGUGGAUGUGAUUCUGGAUCCGUUUCUGGGGAAUGUGUUCCCGCGGUCGUUGGUGGGGACGGCGGUGUAUGCGGGUGUGGUGGCUUUGUUGGCCGUCGGGGUUGCGUGGUGGGUCAUGGGGGUGGUUAGGGGGGUGAUGGAGAGGGAGGUUGGGUUGAGGGAUGAUGGGAAGAAGAUCCGGUAG